UGACAAAGUUGUCCGGUUGCUUCUGGACCACUACAGGGUGGAUACCGAACAGACCGGCACAGUGCGUUUCGAUGGACGGGGCCACAGCCUUGUGGUGUGCAGCUGGAGCAGGACACUUUGAGGUGGUGCGCUUGCUAGUGAGUCACCAUGCCAAUGUCAACCACACCACCAUCACCAACUCCACUCCCCUCAGGGCAGCCUGCUUUGAUGGACGCCUAGACAUUGUCCGCUACCUGGUGGAGAAUAAUGCAGACAUCAGCAUCACCAAUAAGUACAACAACACUUGCCUGAUGAUUGCCGCCUACAAGGGCCACACGGAUGUGGUGAGUUUCCUACUGGAGCAAGGGGCAGACCCUAAUGCCAAGGCCCACUGUGGAGCCACAGCCCUGCACUUUGCAGCAGAGGCGGGCCACCUAGAUAUU